CGUUAGUUGUUUUGAGCAUUACAUACUUGCCAUCAGGGAGAUGCUUGAAACAUCGAAGAAAAUGGUGAAGAGACAUACCGUUCUCCUACUACUUGUCUUUGUAAUUAUGUUCUCCUACAAUGUCCUGGAGGGUGGUGCAUACCAGAACCAAGUGGCAUUCUCUCGCAAAGAGCUGAAAGCACAGCAGAAAGUAUCCUUUACUGGAAUGGAUCCAUCGCUUGGCGGGCAGGUUUCCGGCGCAACCGAUGCAGGAGGUGCAAGCAAUAAUGCUGAAAUAUCAAAUGCUAAAACUACUGCUGCCACGGAGUCCCACCGUGACGUCUCAUGGGAUCAGUUCCGUGGUAUCAUCAUCCACACCCACCAGGUCAAGAAACCAUAAUGAUGAACUAAGACAAACGACCAUGGGCACCAAUCUGAUAUAUAUCCAUGGAUGAACAAAUUAUCAAGUUGGCAAUUUCUACACUAAGAUGUGGGUUCUCUGUUAUAUAUGUGUGUGUAAUAUAAUAUGGAACUGAUAUAUUCUAAGACUUGGAUGGUAUGUUUGGAUUAUCAAGCUACUUAUUGCUGUACUAAUUAUUGUACAUGGUAUUGUACUAUACACUGCAGAAUAAACAUGCCCACGGUCCAUGGUAAUGCCCACUAUUUAUAAUUA